AUUCGAGUUUUAUUAACGUUUCUGCACCCAUUUGAACUCCCUUUUCAGAGAUGGCAGAUGUAAAGUCAUUAGAACAUCCUACACUGAAGGUUCCGUAUGAAUUACUGAACAAGAAGUUCAGAGCGGCUCAAAAACAGUUGGAUCGUGAGGUCUCCCAUGUGCAGGCAGCAGCGUCAGAGUUAGAAAAAGGUCUGCAGGAGGAGGUUGUUGGUGCAAACGAUAUCAGCCGACUUCUGGGAGGAAUGGUUGAAAGACUUCAAGUGCUGAAACGGAAAGCUGAAGAGAGCAUAUCAGAGGAAUUGGAAGCUGCAUGUGUGUGUAAACGGCGGUUGGAGCAUUUGCGAGAGCAUGCUGGAUCCAACAAUCCAAGUGCUGUUAAUCUGUGGCGCAGGCGUCGUUUGGAUAGAAUGCUUGUAGAAUAUUUCUUGCGCAAAGGAUACUAUGGUGCUGCAACACGUCUUGCUCACAGAUCAGAUUUGAGAGAUCUUACAAACAUUGAUGUGUUUUUGGUAUCCCGUGAAGUUGAAAGAUCACUUGCGCGCCGUGAAACUGGAAAAUGUCUUGCUUGGUGCCAUGACAAUCGUUCCAAACUCCGUAAAUUGAAAUCCACAAUGGAGUUUAAUUUACGUAUUCAAGAAUUUGUGGAGCUCGUUCGGAAUGAUAGGCGUAUGGAUGCUGUUAAGCAUGCCCGUAAACAUUUCUCAAGUUUUGAAGAGGAGCAACUCCAAGAUGUCCAGCAUUGUAUGGCCCUUUUGGCAUUUCCAACAAAUACAACUCUUUCACCAUAUAAGGAGUUGCUGGAUGAAAGCCGAUGGGAACGGUUGGUGGAACAGUUCCGGCAAGAAAAUUAUAGGCUGUUCCAGUUAGCUUCCCAGUCUGUAUUCACAGUUGCCUUGCAAGCUGGACUGUCCGCCCUAAAGACACCUCAGUGUUACAGUCAGAAUCGAGAAAGUCGGAACCCAAGUUGCCCUGUGUGCCAAGAGUCACUGAAUGAGCUAGCUAUGCCAUUACCUUUUGCACACUGCUCUCAGUCUCGCUUAGUUUGUGCUAUUUCAGGCCUUCCAUUGAAUGAGCACAAUCAGCCAAUGAUGUUGCCAAAUGGCUAUGUUUAUGGUGAACAGGCUUUGGAACAGAUGGCAAUGGAGAACAAUGGUCAGAUAGUGUGUCCUAAGACAAAAGAGGUCUUCCCCUACAUAAAGCUGGAAAAAGUAUUUGUAAUGUAAAAUAUUUUGUACACCUUCAGGUGCUGUGUUGUUACUACUCCCAAAUUAAAAUGUUAAUAUUUGAUCUGUUCACUCUUUUAUGUUUGUUUUACUUUUUUACAUUGACAUGUAUUGUAUGAGACUUGCACAUCAUGGUUGAAAUUUACAACAAAAUCUUAUAAAUGUUAUAACAUGAUUUAAUUUGUAUCAAUGUUCACAUUACUUACCUAUUUGCAUGAUGGUUCCUGCAAUAUUUCUGAGUUCUUGCAAUUUGAUUAUAAUGUUUGAGAAUGAAGUAUUUAAUAUUCCUCUGGUGUGUAUCACUGUCAAUAUUUGUAAAUUCAGGGAGGAAUGCUGUGGAUGUGUCAUAAAAAGUGUAAUGUUUUGUAUAUGUGUAUAUACAUAUCUGAGAAGUAAUAAAGAAAUUGCAUAGGAAAAGAAUAA